AUGGGUGAUUUCUACCCAGAGCCUACACCAAUAGGCUACAAAUGGCGCUCUUCCAGAUGGUUUAUCCUCACAACUAUCACGGUCGCAUUGUUUAGUGAAACUUUCCUUUAUGGAUUUAUCGUCCCAAUUCUGCCAUAUAUGCUUCAAUUCCGUCUACACAUCAACCCAUCUCAAACGCAGAAGUUUACCUCAGCCAUUCUCGCCCUUCAUGGUUUUGUCUCCGUUGUCUCAGGUCCUAUUAUCGGACACUUUGCCGAUAAAACUCCGAGCCGCAGGAUCCCACUGCUACUAUCUCUCUUCGCAUGCAUAAUUAGUACUGGGAUUGUUUCUAUCACAUCUUCGAUGAUUCUACUUUUCAUAGGCCGUGUGAUACAGGGAGUUGCAGCCUCUGCGGUGUGGAUUGUUGGUUUUGCAACUAUUGCAGACGCCGUGGGUCAGGAAAAUAGUGGUACGGUAAUGGGUCUAACGAUGUCCUUUGUUAAUGUAGGGAUGAUCAGUGGGCCAGCUGCCGCGGGGUUGCUCUUAGAGGUUGGUGGAUAUUGGAUAGCGUGGCUUACACCACUUCUCAUUUUGAUUAUUGACCUUGCUGCACGUUUGGUGAUGAUUGAGUACCCACUGAAGGAUCCUUCUCCUCUACCCAAGGAAGAGUCGGGAGAGACGCCAAGAACAGCAGAGAUAUCACAGACAACAGAGACAGCAUGCCUACUUUCCCCGCAGCAAGAAACCGUGCACACAUAUACUGCCACUGACUUUUGGCGUAUUAUGAUGUGUGACCCUCGUGCACUAACAGUUCUAUCUGUUGUGACCUCUGGCACAGCUGUGGCAGGGAGCUUUGAAGCAACACUUCCUCUACACGUACAAGAGACGUUCGGAUAUGGCCCAGGGACAACUGGGUUCUUAUUCUCGGCCCUAGUCAUCCCCGGCCUCCUCAUUAGCCCCUUGGCAGGUUGGAUCCGUGAUCGUAUCGGAAUACGGCUUCCAGCUGUGAUCUCUUUAACCCUUCAAGCGGCACUUUUAGGGCUACUAGGCAUUGCUGGAAGCGAUCGUGUCUCCUGGGCCAGUGCUCAAAGCUGGGGAGGAACAAUUUAUACAGCCUCUAUUUUCGCUAUAGGUGCAUGCCGACCUAUCACAUCAGGUAUGGGGCCUGUUGAACUACCUGGUAAGUGCAUUCCUCUCUUGUACAAUUCGCAACAUGCCAGCGAAUCAUACCUAGUAACAUGCUAA